AUGAAACAUACGUUGGCUGGGUUGUGGAAACCGGGUAAAGGAUUGUUUGUUAAGGAACUGGGGUCGAAUCUUUUUCUAUUUCAGUUUUACCAUGAGAUCGAUAUUAAGCGUGUUAUUAAUGGCAGUCCUUGGACUUUCAAUUGGCUACUAUUGAUAUUUGGUAGAGUUCCACGAGGUGGAGACCCGAAGGCUGUAAAGCUUAAUCAACUUGAUAUGUGGGUGCAGAUUCAUGGUCUUUCUACGGGGUUUAUGACGGAGAAGAUUGUCUCUACAGCUGCUAACUACAUUGGAUCAUUUGUUGAAUCAGAUCCUAAGAACUAUAAUGGUCUUUGGCGGGAUUAUCUCCGCGUCAGAGUGACGGUGAAUAUUGAUGUCCCAUUGAAACGACGAAUGAAGCUUAAGAAAACGGGUGGUCAUUCGAAAAACUUUUGUCCAAAGUUAUUUGAUACACCUGAAGAUGAGAUUGUUAAACCCUAUGGGAGCUUCAUGCCUGCGCAACCACGGAGGAAGAACUAUUUAUUGAGCUCUCAGUAUCUGCGUACGGGUACGGAGGCUGAUGAGCAAUUUAGCCAUGCAUCCCCGGUGCGACAUGAGGAGGAGGACGACCGGCCGGCCAUGCAAUCUGGGAAGUUACCUUGUUUAGAAUUUGAAAAUAAUCCACAGUCAAAGAUGGUUAAUGAUAUUCCUGAUUUGGUGGAUGAUGGGAAUAUUUCUCUUAAUGAGAAUGUGAAUAAUAAUGGCAAUAAGAAUAAUGUUUCCAAGUCUAAUGCCCAUGAAAGAGGAAAGUCGGUUGUGUUUGGAAAUCAUGUGCCAAGUGGGAGAGGUCAACCCUCUCUCUUCCUCGGUGGAAUUAUUGGCCCACAUGGAGGACAAGGAGGCCGUGGGCUUCCUACUGAGUCCAAAAGAAGGCGCCAACAGGACGGGGUUGGGGGGCCUGAAUAUGUUGACAUGGAUGCGGAGGAUAGUGCUAAUAUGGAUGUUAAUGGACUCUCAAAAAACAAGUUCGAGGAUGUGUUGGAGCGAGUUCGAGCUAAGUUGAAGUUUGAAGGUAUGUUUGCAGUUGAUGCAUGUGGUAGGAGCGGGGGAGUUGCUUUACUAUGGAGGAAUAAGCAAGAGGUCAAAGUGUUGAACUAUGCCACAAAUUUUGUUGAUGUGGAGGUUCGGCCUAAUGAUGUUGGGGAGUGGCGUCUUACGGGGUUCUAUGGGGAGUCUAAGAGAAGCUUGCGUGGGGCUUCUUGGGAGCAACUUCGGACGUUGGCUCAUGGAAACACUCUUCCUUGGUGUGUAAUUGGUGAUAUGAACAAUGUAUUAUCUCAGGAGGACAAAAAAGGGGGACAUCCCUAUCCAAACUGGUUAGUUGAUGGCUUUCGAGACACUAUUCAAGAGUGUGGGUUAAUUGACUUAGACAUUGUGGGGCAUCGGUUCACUUGGGAGAAAAGUCGUGGCACGGAUAACUGGAUAGAGGUUCGUUUAGAUCGCGCUUUGGUGGCAGAAAGGUGGCUCCAACUGUUCCCACGGGCUAAACUUAUUAAUCUUGAGGAGUGUUGGGAGGAGUACAACUUAGCGGGUAUUCAAGAAAAGAUACAAAGGUGUGGGGAAUCUCUCUCGGAUUGGGGCAAAGAUUACUCGGGUAAUUUUGCCUCCCGUAUAAAAUAUUGGAAGAAGGAGGUGAGGCGGUGGAAACAAGGUAGAGAUCCUGAUGCAAUUUCUAAGUAUAAAGAAGCUGAGACAGAACUUUUUGAAGUUCUCACUCAGAAGGAGGUGUUUUGGCGUCAACGAUCGAAACAAUUGUGGCUUCAGGAGGGGGAUAAAAAUAGCAAAUUCUUUCAUGCAAUGGCUUCUUCUCGGCGCCGUAUGAAUGCUAUUGAUAAACUCCAAUGUGAAGAUGGAAGCUGGGUUGACUGGGAUUCGGGAUUAUUUGAUGUCAUGUGUUCUUACUUCCAGAAUCUGUUUACUAGCUCUAACUGUUCUAUGGAUGACGUUCUUGAUGGGAUUUCUGCAACUGUGACUCCACUUCAGAAUGACUCUCUCUUGCAACCCUUGACGGAUGAAGAAGUGAAAAAGGCUUUAUUUCAGAUGCACCUAGAUAAAUCCCCUGGACCCGAUGGCAUGACUCCGGGAUUUUAUCAAAAGUGCUAG